AUGCACCGAAAUCUCAUAUACAACUUCUCUCGUGUUCUUUUCCAAUUCCCCUACGGCUACCAGGACUUCUCCUUCAUACCCGUUUAUGCACACGACUCCCUCUCCCGACGUCCCUUCUUCACCGAAGCGAUAUCCUGUCCUUCCUUGGCUCAGAUCUGGAAUCGCAUUAUCUGGCUCCUCAGGAACGACGAAACGAUGGCGGUCAAUGUUUAUGCUUAUCUUCUAGAAGAGGCGGGAGUCUACAUCGUCUCAUCGAAGUUUAAGCGUGCACUUGAGAAUUUCGCUACUGGGCCUAAGAGGUACGGGUUCUGUUUAUUGAAGAGGAUUGGCGCAGUGAAGACGGAGUGCGUGGAGAAGCCUGUGGGCGUCUUUAGUAGUGUUAGGGUGUUAUGUCUGGACAAGGAUAUGAUAACUGCUUUGGAGGGUGCUCCCGAUCAGUAUCCAGAGGAGUUCCGUCUUCGUCUGCGUUUUUAUGUUCUGAACAUCCUCCUAAGCAGUGUCCUACAAAUCUUCCUCGAUGAACUACAUCCAGACAAAAUAACCCCAGCGCUGGAGCUCAAUCGGAUAACACUAGACCACAACAAGAUGCAACGUCAACAAAAUGCGUUGACAAUCGAAGAACGGCUCUGGGGCGGGAAAAUAUACCUCGGGAUUCAGGAGAAUACGUGGGAUCGAAAGAAGAGGGUUUGUUUUGGAGGUAUGGUCAGGGAUUGGAAGGACAUACAGAGCGUCGCCGUGAACCACGACGUGACUCAGGCUGAGGUCAUAUCCUCUAACGGUGGGUUGGGAAACACGACUGAAUUCACUGGGUGGUGA